AUGCAUGUUCGUUCCAUCGUUACCAGAAAGACAACGUUACCUCCUGUCGUAGGGCCCUGCACAAAAUAUGAAAAACCAGAGGAAAGAUAUACUUGCACAGGAGCCGAAACUAAUAGCCGUGGUAUCGUGCUGGGCGUGUAUGAGCCGCAAAAAGCCGCAAACAAUUUUAUACAGAUAAACUUCACGCGUUCGUCCCAGGCAUACAACACCGUCGUUUGCGGUAAACUCAGCGACCAGUUGAAACGCAACAAAAUCCCGGUUUUGGGCGAAGCUGCGAUAUACAACGACUUGGACGUUUCGGCUGCGCUCGUAGCUCUAGUGGGCCUCGGCAGCGAGCACGCAGGCUACGAUUUAGUCAGGAAGUACUGUCGAAAAAAGGAGAACACCAGGAUUGCCGCGGGCGUCGGAACCAAAGAAUUGCAAGACCGGGGCAUUUCGCAGGUAUUCAUUGAGGAGAUGGACGAUUUUCAGUCGGCGUUCGAAGGCGCGAUACUUGCCAGCUAUAACAAUGAUGAGCAGAAGAAGGAUUGCGAUAAAGAAAUACCGCACUUUUCAACCGCCGGCUUCGCAACGUGCUAUCUAGACGAUAAAAGUUCUAUAUGCUUAGGAGACAUGGACAACCUGCAAAAAGACAAAGCCACGCUGGGUAUGCUCUACGCAGAAACGCAAAAUUUCGUUAGACGACUGAUGACUGUGCCCACCAACGUGAUGAAUCCGGAGUACUUCGUACACGAAGCAAUAAAAGUCCAGAACAAGGUCAAGGCCAUCUCGGUGACGACACUCCCGGAAAAAACGCUCACAGAAUUGAACAUGAACGGCAUCUUGGCACUAUGUGCUGGGUCCUGUCAGCCAGCUAAAUUCUUAGACAUCAGCUACAACGGGUGCGCCUGCACCGAGACACCGCCUGUCGUACUGGUCGGUCAAGGCGUAACUUACGCAAGUGACGAUUGCCAUGCGGCACGCAAUCCCCAGCUUCGAGGUCAGACCCACAUUGGUGGCGGAGCAAUUGUUCUAAGUGUUAUAAAAACUCUGGCGGAAAUGGGAGCGCCAAUCAACGUCAGAGGUCUGAUACCGCUUUUCGAAAUCACCAACGGUAUCUGCCCGGGAGAUGUAAUCGUCAGUGCUGACAAGACUUCCAUAGAGGUGACCUUGCCUAAGCGUUUUAACACAUUGGCCCUGAUGGAUGCCUUGCAAUUCGCCCGUACGCUUAAACCUCAUUCCAUCGUCAGUCUGGCUAACACGCCCGGGGUAGGUCCAAUGGAAUACGGGUCGAGAGCCACACAGGUCUGGUGCAACGACGAAGCUAUUUGGGAGACUUUCAAGUCAUCCAGCGCCCACACCGGAGACAUAGUGCAUAGAUACCCUUUGGAUAGCCAGUACGACCCUUAUAUACAAGGACAGUGCGAGAAUCGUUGGAAGAACGCGUCUGACAUUGACCCUCUGUGCACCGAUGCUAGAAUUUUGUCUAAAUUCGUCGGCUACGAGAUACCGUGGAUCCACAUGGAACUUCAGUACGUUAACUACGAGCCGCACAGAAUUCCGUACUUGCGUCAGAACACCAUACCGGGCCGCCCCACUAGAACAGUUCUCGAAGGGCUUUUGGAGAUGAUACGGGAAACCCGUCAACAAUAA